AAUGGAUUCUCUUCCCUUCUUCUCCUGUCCUUUAACCCUUUCCUCUGCCUCCCUCUUCUGUUGGUGGCACUCUAAGCCCGCCUCUCAUUGGCCACUAAACUGAACCCAUGAUCUUCCAUUUCCAAUCUUUCUUCAACUGUGACACAUUGGCCGUCCCCAUUGUGUCUUCCCUUUCUCAUCUCUCCUUCUCAGCUUCAGCCCAGCCUCACCACUCAAAUCUCACCCUAUCAGACUCUCAUGCCCAAAUCUAAUCACCAUAGAUCUACCCACUUCCUUAAUUUAGUUCAAUUUAUUCCAAGUUUUUUUGUUGCAUUUUAAUUCUAGUUUGUCUUUAUGCUUAGUUGCUCUUGAUUAAUGCCUUUACAUAAGGUAGUAAAAGUUUAGUAAAAGCUGUUUUGUUCACAUAGUUGCUACUUUUUGUUUUUUGUCUAUUAUACCAAACUUGUACAUAUUUCAAACUUCAAUGAAAUAGUUCAAUUGUU